AUGUCCACUGAAGUACGUCCAAGUCCGAUUGGUGGUUCUCAGACAACCCAAGCUCUGUCCCAGCGUCUCGCCUCCAUAGCUGCUUCUCAUCCAGCUACCCUCGACCUUCAGGGAAAGAUCAAAGUUGAGGUAACUCGCUCUGUAUUGUCUGUACGAGAAGAAUACAUCCAAGACAACCUGACCUCAACGACUUUGGCUGGUCUCCAUGCCAUCUCGCCACCUCCCUUCGUUUAUAAAGAUGAUACAGCCGGAGGUCUCCUAGCAUUCUAUCAUCUUGGCCACAAACUAUCCGGCCAUUCUGGCCUUGUUCACGGUGGCAUAGCUGCCGUGUUGCUAGACGAAUGCAUGGGAAGAGCGAGCUUUCCCCGACUGACCGGCAAGAUUUCGGUUACAGCAAAUCUUAACUUGAACUACAAGAGUCCGAUAGAGGUAGAUAGUAUUAUCCUGAUUCGGGCCGACGUUAUGGAAGUUCAGGGGCGGAAAGCGUGGGUUCGGGGCGUAAUUGAGAAUGCAGAGGACGGCGCUGAAGGACAAUCCCGAUAG